AGUUGACCUCGUUAAACCCCCACUGACUAAACGUGAUAACCAGAUGACUGACCUUGUUUUGAAGCGGUAAAUCAACUUGUACAUGUAGACCUCAGCUGUAAACAUCAACUGGAUAAUAUUUUUUACUAGACGACUGACCUGGUAUUUGAAGAGUUCAGUUGUAAACAUCAACAAUCAACUGUGAUAACAGCAUAAUGGAAACUAAUGAUGUUAUAACUUUUCAUCAAUGUACAAUAUGUGAUGAGAUUUUUCAACGAUUUGAUGAUUUAGAAAAACACAACAAAAUACAUGUUAAAGAAGAGAAAACUGAUGAUGUAGAUGAAUAUUGUUAUGUUCAAUUUAAAGCAGAGACAACUGAUGAUGUAGAUGAAUAUUGUCAUGUUAAAGAAGAGAAAACUGAUGAUGUAGAUGGAUAUUGUGAUGUUAAAGAAGAGAAAACUGAUGAUAUUGAAACUGUUUAUCCGUGUAAUUUGUGUGAUGAUGAAUUUAAAUUAGAAACUGAUUUAGAAAAACACUGUGAAAUACAUGUUAAAGAAGAGGAUUCUGUUUUACAGCACGGUAAAAAUUCAGAGACAAGUUUUAGUCAGUAUAAUGAAAAAGAAAAGCACAAUUCACAAGAGUUUAAGAAGUGUGAUGUUCACAUCCGAAUUCAUACUGGAAAAAAACCUUAUAAAUGUAAUGUCUGUAGUAAAUCAUAUACUGCUGGUAGUAGUCUAAAAACACACAUGAGAAUUCAUACUGGUGAAAAACCUUAUAAAUGUAAUAUUUGUAGUAAAUCAUUUUCUCAGAAUAGAAGCCUACUGAGCCACAUGACAAUACAUACUGGUGACAGACCUUAUAAAUGUGAUGUUUGUAGUAAAUCAUUCACCACUAGUAGCAGUCUACAGUCACACAUGAAAUAUCAUGGAAAAAAACCUUAUAAAUGUGAUGUUUGUAGUAAAUCAUUUACUCAGAGUAGUGAUCUGCAGCUACACAUUAGAAUUCAUACAGGUGAAAAACCUUAUAUAUGUGAUGUUUGUGGCAAAUCAUUUAGACAGAAUGGAAAUCUUAAGGAACACAUGAGAAUUCAUACUGGUGAAAAACCUUAUAAAUGUAAUGUCUGUAGUAAAUCAUUUACUCAUAGUAGUGGCCUACAGCUACACAUUAGAACCCAUACAGGUGAAAAACUUUAUAAAUGUGAUGUUUGUAGUAAAUCCUUCACUAACAGUAGUAAUAUACAACAACACAUGAGAACUCACACUCAAGAGAAACUAUAUAAAUGUGAUGUUUGUAGUAAAUCAUUCACUCAUAGAAGUAGCCUACAGCUACACAUUAGAACCCAUACAGGUGAAAAACUUUAUAAAUGUGAUGUUUGUAGUAAAUCCUUCACUAACAGUAGUAAUAUACAACAACACAUGAGAACUCACACUCAAGAGAAACUAUAUAAAUGUGAUGUUUGUAGUAAAUCAUUCACUCAUAGAAGUAGCCUACAGCUACACAUUAGAAUUCAUACAGGUGAAAAACUUUAUACAUGUGAUGUUUGUGGUAAAUCGUUUCGAAAGAAUGGAGAUCUUAAGGAACACAUGAGAAUUCAUACAGGUGAAAAACCUUAUAAAUGUGAUGUUUGUAGUAAAUCAUUUACUCAGCGUAGUAAUCUACGUGCACACGUGAAAAAAGGUUGCUAGGCAAUGAAACAUACGCCCACAGCAGCUUAUUCCUUUGUAGGUAAUUUCAAGAUGGCCUUUACAAGACAGUUCCAUACAGAUCAGAUUAUAAUUUUUACAAGGUUCUAACUGAAGCAAGGUUUGCAACUCUGGAAGUAAUCCACAGAAAUUGUUGAAAUUUGACAGGCUUUUUCGUUUUACUAAUUUAAAUAAUGCAUAUAAAUUUCAUACAGAUCAGAUGAUAACUUUUGUCAUUCAAACGUUCACAAUCACCAUAACUAUUAAAAUUAUUGAUGGAAAUUAUGAAAUUCAAUAGACCUCUGUUUCACAAAUUUAAAUGAUGCAUAUAAAUUUCAUACAUAUCGGAUGAUAACUUUCAUCAAUCGAGUAUUAAUAAGGUUGAACAAAGUGAAACAAGGGCCAUAACUCAUAGACAUUAAAUAGGCUUUUUCAUCUCACUAAUGUAAACCACAUAUAUCAAUUUUAAAACAAUCGGAUAAUAAAUUUUGGAGCGUUCACAAGAAAUUGUGGAGGACGGAUGGACGGACAGACAGGGGCGACAGCAAUGUGAGCGUAUAAAAACCUUUUAAAUGUGAUAUUUGUAAUAAAUUAUCCAAUCCCCGCUUAUACGUGACAAGGAAGUAGGGUCACCUGUCCAACCUCAUGGGUUUUCUCUGAGUCCUCUAGUUUCGUCCCCAACUGCUAAAGACCUCUACGCACAAGUGAAAAAUUGAAAUAAAAUUGAAUCACGUUUUACUCCCAAAAUGACCUAGUUUGUGUUGAGUGGACAUUAGACCCCGAUUCUCUUCCCCAUGCAAAUGUCUUCUUAACUGUGCCUUUUCAUUUACCUUUGAAAGGAGUGGCAACUUGUGAGAAGGAUCCAUACUUUUUAUACGCCCACAUUUUCAUGUGGACGUAUAUUGUCGUCGUCCCCGUCCGUCCACAAUUGUUUGUGAACAGUCUACAGGUCACAAUUUUUAUCCAAUUUCAAUGAAACUUGAAAUAUAGGUUUAUCACCCUAAGAUCUCGGUUCCUUUCGAUAUUGGCAUGUAUCGGACUGUAACUUCAUGGAUUAUGGCCCCUGAUUGUACGAAAAAAUCACGUUUUUAGCUUGUGAACACUGUAGAGGCCACAAUUUUUAUCCAAUUUGUUUCAAACUUGAAAUGUAUGCUUAUAACCCAAAGAUCUCGGUUCCUUUCGAUAUUCGCGCAUAUCGGAACAUAACUUCCUGAAUUAUGGCCCCUGAUUGUACGAAAAAUCGCGUUUUUAGCUUGUGGACCCUAUAGAGGUCAUAAUUUUUAUCCGAUUUAAAAAUUUGUAUUAUUACAUCACCGUUACACCCAAAAGAUGACUGAGUUUUAAUGUUUUAAUCAAGUGAAGAUAUUCCUAUUUAAACAGGGCAUAGACAUAAAGCUUGUUGUGUAAUGACCUCCCCAUCAAAAUUGGCAUGAACGCGUUUCCCUGCUAUUUGGUGACUGACUUGAGUAUCAGCAUAUUGUAAUAAAAUCUUUAUAUGAAAAAAAUGUUAUUCACAAUGUUAAUCA